UCCCUAUUUAAACCCAACAUACCCUUUUCUCCCACUACCAAAUCUUACACCACCUCCACAUGGGAUGAUGCUUAAACAAGUACUCCUCCAAUUCCUCCUCCUCCUCCUCUCCCUCUUUGUUUCUUCCUUCGCUACCACCAUUACCGUGGUCGCCGCCGCCACCGCCACCACUUCAACUCUAAAUUCAGAAACCAAUCUCUCUCCUCAAUUUAGAGAAGCCCCGGAAUUCUACAACUCCCCAAGCUGUCCCUCUAUAACCGACGGCAAUACUAACGUCGUCGAUAUCGAGGAAAAUGAAAAAAAUUCUACCAUUAUUUGCUCUGAAAAGGCCGUCCACGUGGCAAUGACACUGGACGCCGCCUACCUCCGCGGCUCGAUGGCAGCGAUCCUCUCGGUCCUCCAACACUCCUCCUGCCCCCAAAACAUAAUCUUCCACUUCGUCGUCUCUGCCUCUGCCGUGGCCUCGCCCACCGCGUCCCACCCACGCGCCAUCAUCUCCUCCUCCUUCCCCUACCUGAAAUUCCAAAUAUACCCCUUCGACGAUUCCGCGGCUGCAGGUCUCAUCUCCACCUCCAUCCGCUCUGCCCUCGACUGCCCGUUAAACUACGCCCGCUCGUACCUCCCGGCCCUCCUCCCCACAUGCGUCCGCAAGGUCGUCUACCUCGACUCCGACCUUGUCCUCGUCGACGACAUCGCCCACCUCGCCGCCACCCCACUCCCCGGCGCCGCCGUCCUCGCCGCGCCGGAAUACUGCGACGCGAAUUUCACCGCCUACUUCACCCCCACAUUCUGGUCCAACCCAUCUCUCUCAGUCACAUUCGCCAACCGCAAGGCAUGUUACUUCAACACCGGAGUAAUGGUGAUCGACCUCGCGCGGUGGCGCGACGGUGGUUACACAACGGAGAUCGAGGAAUGGAUGGAGCUUCAGAAGAGGAUGAGGAUUUACGAGCUGGGUUCGCUGCCGCCGUUCUUGCUUGUGUUCGCCGGAAACAUAGCGCCGGUGGACCACCGGUGGAACCAGCACGGGUUGGGAGGGGAUAACUUUCGUGGGCUUUGCAGGGAUUUGCAUCCCGGUCCGGUUAGCCUUUUGCAUUGGAGCGGGAAAGGGAAGCCGUGGGUGAGGCUGGACUCGAACCGGCCGUGCCCGUUGGAUGCUCUGUGGGCACCUUAUGAUCUGUUGAAAACACCAUAUUCGUUCGAAUCUUGAUGGAAUUGGAAUUCGAAUUGAAUUGGGUGAGGGCAAAUGAUGAAGCAAAAAUUGGUGAGGACACAGAUUCGGAUACUUACUGUGUCUAGAGCCGUUAGAUGCAUGUAAGUUUUACUUGGAUGUAUCGGUGCGGAAUUCAAGUGCACGAAUGCCCAACGCUAUUGUAUGUGAAUCAAAAAAACUAAGAGCAGGGACGAAUCCAGGCACACGAUGCAGAGCACAACUGUAUUUGAAUCUGUGGCCGAAGACAAAUAUAUAGGAAGGUGCGAAGUGUAUAGAUUUUGUGGAUGAUUAUAACAGUUACUCCACUAAUAUACUGUUGAUUAGGAAGAUGACUAAAAAUACAGAGGUUUUUUACUCUGUAAAUUACUUAGAUGGAUGAAAAAAGAAGGUAUUUGGUA